GGGUGUGAGCAACUGUUCCCUGUCCCUAUGGCUUCCCACUUGUGGCUCCCACCAUGGCCUGGAGUUUUGGGUGGAGUUUUUCAAAUAAAAGGCCUCAGCAUUGCAGGACGGCACAGUGGUGAGCUCUUAGCUUCACCAGGCUCAUCAAAGCUGCUCCAGGAAGGCCCGAGCCAGACCAGAAGACAUGCAGAUCAUCACCACAGCCCUGGUGUGCUUGCUGCUAGCUGGGAUGUGGCCAGAAGAUGUGGACAGCAAAAGCAUGCAGGUACCCUUCUCCAGAUGUUGCUUCUCAUUUGUGGAGCAAGAGAUUUCCCUGAGGGCAAUCCUGUGUUACAAAAAUACCAGCUCCAUCUGCUCCAAUGAGGGCUUAAUAUUCAAGCUGAAGAGAGGCAAAGAGGUCUGCGCCUUGGACACCGUUGGAUGGGUUCAGAGGCGCAGAAAAAUGCUGAGCCACUGCCCGUCAAAAAGAAAAUGAGCAGAUUUCUUUCCAUUAUGGGCUCUGGAAACCACAUGGCUUCACCUGUCCCUGAAACUACCAGCCCUACACCAUUCCUUCUGCCCUGCUUUUGCUGGGUCACAGAGGAUCUGCUUGGUCUUGAUAAGCUUUGUUGUUGCACUUUAUACAUUUAAAUUAUACAAUCAUCAACCCCCAACCCUCUCUGUCUCUUGGAUUUCAGAGUGAAAACUUGAUUGGCAUUGAGAGGUG